ACACUGACAUUGACAUUCUCAAUUUUUGAGAAGCAAAAAUUAGAAUUUUGUUUUUGAAUUGUUGAGAAUUGAGAUUUGAGAAAAAUAAAGAAAUACUGUGGAAUAAAAUUGAAAAUACAAAAUGAAUGUCGUACAAGCUGUUAAAAUGUAUAUAACAAAAAUGACUGAGGAGAGUGGGCCAGGAAUGAAAGUUAUUCUAAUGGAUAAAGAUACUACCAGUAUAGUCAGCAUGGUCUUCAGCCAGUCGGAAAUCUUGCAAAAAGAAGUGUAUCUGUUUGAAAGAAUAGACAGUCACUCAAAGUGGGACAACCUAAAGCACAUGAAAUGUAUUGUGUUCCUGCGACCAACCACUGAAAACAUUGCCCUGCUAUCCAGAGAGCUGCGCUACCCUAAAUAUGGGGUUUAUUUUAUCUAUUUCAGCAAUGUAGUGUCAAAGGCUGACAUAAAGACAUUGGCGGAAUGUGAUGAGCAGGAGACAGUGAGGGAGGUACAAGAGGUGUUUGCUGACUACUUGGCCGUGGACAGACAUUUGUUCUCCUUCAACAUUGUUGGCUGUUUGCAUGGUCGUUCAUGGAACCAACAACACUUACAGCGUUGCUCCCAAGGCUUAUUAGCCUUGCUACUAUCUCUCAAACGUCGCCCCGUCAUCCGCUACGAGGCCGGCUCGGAGGCGUGCGCGCGGCUCGCCGAGCGUGUUCGCGAGCUUGUUCGGCGAGAGGCAGUGUUGAUGGAUAACAAUAUACCAUUCAACGGGGAUGUACCGCCACCUCAACUGCUGAUACUGGAUAGAAGGGACGAUCCUGUCACUCCAUUACUAACUCAGUGGACGUACCAGGCGAUGGUCCACGAGCUGCUAACGAUCAACAACAACCGUGUCAGUCUGUCCCACGUGCCAGACGUGCACAAAGACUUCAAGGAAGUCGUGCUGUCCUCUGAACAGGACGAGUUCUAUGCUAAGAACCUGUACUCCAAUUUUGGUGAGAUCGGUCAGACGAUAAAGUCUCUGAUGGAGGAGUUCCAGAAGAAAGCCAAGAGUCACCAGAAAGUGGAGAGUAUUGCAGACAUGAAGAACUUUGUUGAGACAUACCCGCUGUUCAAGAAAAUGUCGGGAACUGUCACCAAGCACGUGACAGUGGUGGGUGAGCUGUCAAACAUGGUGUCCAAACACAAACUGCUCGACGUGUCCGAGCUCGAGCAGGAGCUGGUGUGCCAUUCCGACCACGCUAAACAUUUGCAGCGCCUCAAAUCAAUGCUGGCUAACGAAUCGAUUCGAAAUGAAGAUCUCGUGAAACUGGUGUCACUAUACGGCCUUCGGUACGAGAAGCAUGCGGGCAAUGCCUUCCCAGCGCUCAUAGACAGCCUGAAGAAACGAGCGCCCGACUGCGCUCUCAUCCCUGUACUGGUGCUGGAGUAUGGCGGCGCGCACAAUAGACAGAGCGAUCUAUUUGGCCUGCAAGACGCCGAGAAGAUCACCAAGAGACUGUUCAGGGGUCUGAGCGGCGUAGAAAACAUCUACACACAGCACACGCCUCUCCUAAAAGACACUCUGGAAGACCUUAUAAAGGGCAAGCUGCGGGAGAACCUGUACCCCAUCUGCGGAGGAGAGGAGCUCUCCGCCGGGAGACGGCCUCAAGACGUGAUCGUGUUCAUGGUGGGCGGCACGACGUACGCGGAGUCGUGCUGCGUGCGGCAACUGCAGCAGGCCAGCCCGGGCCUGCGCCUGCUGCUGGGGGGCACCACGGUGCACAACUCCGCGUUGUUCCUGCGCGAGCUGCAGGCCGCCAUGCAGGGCGUGCCGCGGACGCACACCAGGCACAUCCGGAACUUGUAAUUGUGUUGAUGACUGCCAGUCAAAUAAGUUUUUUUGUCAAAUGUCAAAAUAAUUGUAUGGUUUAUAUCAACCGGCACUGCGAGCUCUAUUAACGGUCGCGUCGGUCACGCAACCUGAAAUUUUUAACCAUCCCAAAAAACGCUUUGACUCAUUUCCACUCCACUCUGCAGGUAGGCAUUGCGCUUUACACAGCCUGAUCAUACAAUGUAUCGGUUUGGUAGACCCCAUCCUUAUAACUGACAGGUGGCGACUAUUGCGCAACAAUCGCAUCUCUUUUCUGAUGUCACACGAAUUUUUAUGUACUAAAAAUGCGUUGUAAGUAUGUCGUCUCGUGAUAUAUGAUCAAAAUAUUCGAUAUCACACUUAGCAUAUUGGUUAGAGCUAGGUUAUUAGUUAUCACUAGUCACACCAAAAUCACAGGAUCUAGCGAAAAUCCACUGCAACUAUGUAGAUUAGUUUCACAAAGGAACAAAUUAGUCUUAAAAUCUUAGCCAUUAGCUGUACAAAUGUAUUUAUAGAAAAAUAAAUCUCUGACACAAAACACAA